AUGGAUUAUUUACGUUUACAGAUGUCUGGAUUUUUACGAAAUGCCAAAUCGUUGCCGAUACAUUGUAUAAUAGAACAGAUCAACGGUGUGGUGUCGUUUGACAAUGUUUCUAGUCAUUCCCCACUUCCCCCUACUCAAAACACUGUACAGUUAGACAGCUACGCCAUUCUACCUAAUUCAACGUUACUUCAGGACCUGGUGAAGACUGCCCUGAUCAAGCUAGGCUACAGUUCUUCAGAUACUCAUAAUGCUAAAGGUGCUAUACAGAUAAAGAAUUGGAAGCCAUUAGAGUUUGACUCAAUCUGUGACAACAAGCACGCCACAAUAGAAGAUAUUCUUGGCGAACUAACCAAUGUAACCACGUUAAGGAUUCGGUUAUCAGCCCCAACCAAACAAACCACUACAGAUGACGUGAAAGAGAAGCUACUUCAACUCUUGUUAACCCAGUCUCAAGCUUUGCUCAAUGAUUCUGGGUGCCCAAUUGAAAAAAAUAUUUUAGCUUCUUUGUCAAAGGGAGAGAAUAUUUCUGAAUGCUUGGCUGAAGGUCUGUCAGACGAAAUGAGGGGUGCAUUCGAUAUAUGGUACAGGAACCAAAUCAACAGUUCAAAAACUGUUCCUGCUCCACCCCGCUCUCCUCAUUUGGAGGAAGUAAAAACACCUAUCAAGAAAGAAAUCAAAGAAGAAGUGCCAUCUAGUCCAAUGAUUGAAAACGAACCACACGAAUCAAGUCCAGCCUCAUUUCGAUCAUAUCUCUCGCAUAAAACGCGGAUACGGACCAGUUUUGAUCCAGAAUAUGAAAUUACACGUCUGCAAAAUUGGUUCAAAGAAAAUCAACAUCCAACUCGAGAUCAAAUGAUUGCCUACAUGAAUGAACUGAAUGGUUUGGAAUCACGAAAGGGACGACGACCUCUUGACCUCACCAAUAUUAUUUAUUGGUUUAAAAACGCUCGGGCUGCGCAGCGACGUGCUUGUAAAAGUUUAGACGACUCGUAUGAUAAUGAAGAUGAGGCUAGCAUGAGUGCUAGCGGUGGAAUUCCAAAUGAAAAUAUUCCAUAUCUGCCCAAUAAAAAUGCAGUUUACAUUAUUCCCUUCCCAUACAGACGACCAGCUUUUGGUUCCUUCGACAACAACGGAACGCCCCCUGGUGACGACGAUCAUGAUGAACCAUGUGACCUGUCAAUCAACAAGAGAACAGAUUGUCAAGACGAUAAUGUCAGACCGGAGGAAAGUCACGAGGAAAGCGUUUUUGAGAAAGACGAAGCAGUUACGAAUGAGGAUUCCACAUGCAACGAAAAUUCUCAGUCAGAUAAAAAAUAUGCAAAUAUCCUUUACUCUAGUCAAACCCUCAACGGACUCCCAAAACAAGUUCCUAAUAUGAACGAUUUGACGCAGUCGGAAAAUAGUCAAGUGAACGGAUGUGGAAAUCGGAAUAACAAUGGGUCCAUUUCCGACAGCGAAAAUCAGGAAAAUUGUUGCAGUCCAACACCAGCCAAACAAGACAAUUUAAGUGACGAUGAUUCGUCUGAUUCAGACAGUGUGACGUCGGACAGCGACGACAAAAAUUCCAACCUAAAACGGGACUUGUUUGAUUAUUCUAGUCUAGGAUAUAAUUCAGGAGUAUCAACAGCUAAUAUGUCGCCUGCCAGUAUCGCUGCCAUGUCGCUGGCGCAGAUGAGUCAGAUGCCAUCUGCUGGCGGCUUACAUAUUCCUCAGCUACCUCCUCAUCUGGCCAUGGCAGCUGCUGCCUACUAUCCAAUGAAUGCAAGGUACUACAUGCAGCAUGCAGCCAACAGUUUGCAAAAUUCUCAAGUCUCGCCGAGACCUCCCUCAAACAGCCAUCGCGACCCCAGCAGUAACCAUGGCAACGUCAAUGGCAGUAGCAGCGACAGUCGUAAACGCAGGACCAGAGUCUUCAUUGAUCCUUUGACAGAGAUUCCUCAGCUGGAGAGAUGGUUUCAAGAGGAUACGCACCCUUCGGCCUAUAUGAUCGACAAAUACUGUGAACAACUCAACAAGACAGAUUAUCGGCAAAAAUUUCCUCGUUUGGAGUCCAAAAACAUUCAGUUAUGGUUUAAAAAUCAUCGAGCUAAAGUCAAACGUCAGCGAUUGUCCUAG